UGUCACAUGAUAAAAACAUGGCCGCACACUGCAAAAUCAGCAGCGUUUUUCGUGCAAAUCUAUUUAAGGAUAAAGUUGCAAUUGUCACCGGCGGUGGGACGGGUAUUGGCAAAGCAAUAACACAAGAGCUACUGUUUUUAGGAUGUAAGGUUAUGAUAGCUUCUAGAAAGUUGGACCGGUUGUCAGAAUCUGCCAAAGUUUUACAAUCUCAGAUUUCUAAUAAGAAUGCCCAGCUUGACCAUAUGCAGUGUAACAUCAGACAAGAAGAUCAGGUCAAAGAUCUUAUCUCUACAACUGUAUCUAGAUUUGGUAGGCUAGAUUUUCUUGUGAACAACGGAGGGGGUCAGUUCCCGAGUCCUGCAUCUGAUAUCAAAUUGAAAGGUUGGAAUGCUGUGAUAGAGACAAACCUGACUGGUACAUUCCUGUGCUGCAGAGAAGCUCACAAUCAAUGGAUGGCUGAACAUGGUGGGGUAAUUGUCAACAUUAUUGCAGAUAUGUGGAAAGGUUUCCCCAUGAUGAGUCAUACUGGAGCUGCACGUGCUGCAGUUGACAACCUUACAAAAUCUCUGGCUAUAGAAUGGGCAUCUCAUGGUGUUAGAAUUAACUCAGUUGCACCAGGAAGUUCAAUAUAUUCAGAAACAGCAGCUGCCAACUAUGGAUCACCAGAAAUAUUUAACAGGAGUAUCCCCGGAAUUCCGGCGAAAAGACUAGGAACUGUUGAAGAGAUUUCUGCUGCUGUUUGUUUUCUUUUAUCACCUGCUGCAAGCUUUAUAUCUGGAGAAACUCUGAAAGUGGAUGCUGGCGCUAGUUUAUAUAGCACAAUGUGGGAAAUACCAGAUCAUAACAGAAUACCUGCUUACAAAUGGGAAACAGACAAUGUUGACAGUAAUAAUGACAAUGACAAUGGAUCAAAGUCAAAAUUAUGAACUGAAUAUCAGUCAACUUUAUUCUUUGUAUUGCGUUAUUAAUCAGUUCAGGAUUCUUGAUGGAUGAUUAACCAAGAGAAAGAACAUCUUUCUUAAUCUGCCAUUGACAUUUUAUUAUCAGUUUUAAUGUUACCAGUAAAUCAACAAGAAAUCAAUUUGGAA